AAAAUGAAAAAAGGUGUAAACUCCGGGACGGAGAAGAGUGCCCGAGGAAAAUGGCGGCAAGACAGAAAGCGGUGGCGACGCUGCCGAAUCUAAUUAGAAGCCUUAGAAACGAUCGCCGGAGGCCCGGUCUCAGCCAGCCUCUGCCGUCGUUGAGACGCGCAUUUUCACUUUACGAUCAGAUCAAUCUCAUCGACAAUGUUCCCGAAGAUCAGCUUCGCUUUCAACGGUAUACUGAGACGGGGUUCACUGUGAACGGGGUGGAUUAUGAGGGGAGCUUGCUAUGCGUUGGGAAUUUGUUGAUGUCUUGGAGUCCUAAGAAAUUUUCGGAAAUUACGCCUGAGAGCUUGUCUAUCUUCCAGAUUGUGCGGCCCAUUCCAGAAAUUCUAAUACUUGGCUGUGGAAGAUAUACUGAACCAGUAAAUCCUGAAUUGAGGCAGUUCAUUCGUUCCACUGGCAUGAAGUUGGAAGCUGUAGACACGAGAAAUGCGGCAUCAACAUAUAAUAUCCUAAAUGAGGAAGGUAGAAUUGUAGCUGCAGCACUUCUGCCUUACGGAGUUUCUUCAUGACCCACCGUCCAGAGCCAGACUCGGCCAUUCUUAUGGAUGCCUCUCCAAUUGCAGGAUUCUUCUAUCUUUCAAAUCUUACAAGUAUUCCUAAGCGCUUUGAUCAUUACUCAUUUGUAGACUGACUGCAAGUACUUAGUCACUUGGUCCUUUUUGCUGUGUAGAUAUACUGUUAUGGUCAAAACCUGCCAUCAAGAAUUUUGGCAAUAAGCUUUUGUUGCCAAAAGCUUUUGUUAAAAUAGCAAAAGUGAUUUUAACCCUACCAAAAUCAUUCCCAAA